AAAGGGCUGGGAAAGAGCCUCUAUAUAUUCCUCUGAGUGAAAGACAACCCAGACAGUUUUGAAGUUUUCAAAGACUCACUCUGCUAUUAAGAGUCUUUGCUCAAAGCUGAGGCGCUCAACCACUUGCCAAAAUGUGCAAAGGACUUGCAGCUUUGCCCCACUCGUGCCUGGAGAGGGCCAAGGAGAUUAAGAUCAAGUUGGGAAUUCUCCUCCAGAAGCCAGAUUCAGCUGUUGACCUUGUCAUACCGUAUAAUGAGAAGCUGGAGAAACCAGCUAAGGCCCAAAAACCCUCACCAGAUGAAGCCUUGCAGUGGCGUGAUUCCCUGGACAAGCUCUUGCAGAACAACUAUGGACUUGCCAGCUUCAAAAGUUUCCUGAAGUCUGAAUUCAGUGAGGAAAACCUUGAGUUCUGGAUUGCCUGUGAAGAUUACAAGAAGACCAAGUCUCCUGCCAAGAUGGCUGAGAAGGCAAAGAAAAUUUAUGAAGAAUUCAUCCAAACUGAGGCUCCGAAAGAGGUGAACAUUGACCACUUCACCAAGGACAUCACAAUGAAGAACCUGGUGCAGCCUUCCUUGAGCAGCUUUGACAUGGCCCAGAAAAGAAUCCAUGCUCUGAUGGAAAAGGAUUCGCUGCCUCGCUUUGUGCGCUCUGAGUUUUACCUGGAGUUGGUCGAGUAGCAGUUUAGUCAGGCUGUGGGUAUCAUCCUGUGAGUUAUGCGUCAGCAGUACCCCUGUGUUUUCUAGUAAUCUACACAUCUUUCCAUAGCAGCUUUGCUCAAAGAUACCCAAACAGGGAAAAUCCCAGGGAGUGUUGCUUACUCUUCUGUCCACAUUGUUUUGGAUGUUUUUCUAUUGUCUGCAUGCCUUCCUUUGCCAAUUUUUCCUUCCUGCCCCCUUCUUAACAAGUGCCCCCUACUCAGCUUGUUGUUGUCAGAGCCAGAAAGAAUCACAGAAAAUUCCUGACUAAAGAAAUAAAUAUAAGAUGAGAAUAUGAUACCACUGAUUGUGGGUCAAUUUGAUUUAGGUAAUGGAUCUCCACCUAAACUGGUCUUUAAAAGAAUAUGGAUGUACAAAGGCAAAUUUCAUAGAAACUUAAUUAUGACCCCCCGGGGGAUCAUGUCUCUAAUUAUUUAUGAACUUAUUUAGUAAAAGAUGGCAACAUUAUUUUGAGAUAGCCAUUAUUUGAUUUUUUUAAAAAGCAAAUGCAUUACUUAAAACAUUGACCUUCCCCUUAGAACAUCUUCAUGUUAGCAAUAGAUUAUAAAUAGGAGAUGCAAUGAUAAAUAUGUUGUGUUUAUACAAAAUCAAUCUGAACACAAUCCGUAUUGAUUCUUUCCUUACACCUUCCUCACCCCCUCCCAUAAAAUUGUCAAAAUCUGUAUUAAAUCAAUGACCUAAGAUCAACAAUGGACUAUUUUAUAAAAGUAGCUAUACCCCUAGGAUCUAGGCCUAGAGUUUCAAUUUUCAAAAUAUUUUAAAUCCUUGUAAGUGUAAAAUUUCAAAAUGUAAAAUAAAACUGUUGCUGUCCAUUGCAGUGGUCUCUCGCCUCAAUAUCAAGAGGGUCGUACACUAAUAUGUGAAAAUAAUGUCAAGCCUUUACUGGCUAAUCAUCCUGUGAUGCCAUCUAUUUGUUUAGUAAAGGAUUACUACCAAAUUAUCUCUGUAAAAUCAAUUUAACUAUGCGUGGAGGCUCUCUAUGUGAGGAGGCAGGAUUAUAGAGUACCCUACAUUUUGCAAAGCAAUGUGGUCCUUAAGCAACCCCAAUUUUCCCUCACUAUUUUGCUUCCUGCUUUAGUGAAUUGUACUUACAGUCAAAUACACAUUUAUUCAUAUAUCCUAAUAUGCUUCAGGCACAGAUAAUUGAUAUGGCCAUGGUAUUUUUUAGUAGGUUUAAACAUUUUAUUCUGUAUUUCAUUAUAUGUGUUACUACAUAUUUUUCCCCCUCCUUGUUAGAUUUGAUUAAGUAAUGAUUUGCAUAUUUAGUAACAAAGAAUCAAACUAAGCCAUGUAUGGGGAUAAUCAAGAUGAGGGUGCUGAGUUAAUUCAAAAGAAAGAGGGUGUUUUAAAAAGGAUUAAUAAAAUUCUGAAAUGUUUAAGUAGAAGAUUACAUUGUUUAGUCUUGUAUUUCCCUUUUCUGUUUUCUUUUUUCACUGAUACACUCUUAGUUUCAUAUGCUUAGAGCCCAUUUAUUCAGUUAUUUCCUAAAAAUAUUGAAAACGAGCUGAUUAUAUUAUUCUAUUCUUCAGGUAAACACUGGAGGUGUUUGUUGGGUUUUCCCUAUUUUUGUUAUUUCCAAGGAUAAUAUGCCUUACCUGAAUAAUUGCCAUUCCAUGUUCUGAAAACAGAUUGGAGGGACUGGAUCUAUCAGUCUUGUGAGUUCAUUCAUAUUUGUCAAUAUUUCCCACUUCAAGAAACCCCUUUCAUGAAGCAGUAGUAAGUUAGGCCAGAUCAGCAUUGUGAGUGUGAGGUUCUCAUCAUACAUACAUUGUGGAGGGCUGACCAGUAACACAGAUAAGAAGCUCCAGGAUGAUGUCCCUCUAUCACCUCCCUCAUCAUCCCUCACACUGCUCUAAAUCAGUAGGAAAUUGCCAACUCUUUACUUUCUAAUGCAGCUAGAAAUCUUAAGAACUCAGGAAUCUAGACAAGUUAUUUUUUUCUUGGAUGCCAAACAUUUUUAAGAAAAAAAAAUCCAAUGUAGUUAAAAAUUCACAUAUUUUAUUCACAUUAUUUAAAAUAUCCAGAUAUUUGAAAAUGUCCAGAGAAAUAACCAGACAUUUCAGAUCUCAUCCAGCUGGCUGAUGUUAUAAACACUCAAAUUGACUGUACCCCCGAGUGAGUAGAAUUGUCAGUGGAGGAUAAGAAGAGACUCACCUUUUCAUAAGAUGAACUUGGGAGGCAAAAGGCAGGAAAGGAAACCAUGAGGACAGACAGUGCCAUAAAGGACAAAAAGAAUGCCCUGUAGUCAGAAAAUAUUAAAUAUAUACAUACACAUGUAUGGAUCCAAAAAAUGUUAAGUGUAUACAUACACACCUACAGAUCAGAAGCUAUUCAAGCAAAUGACAUAAUGAAAUUAAAAGAAUGCAAAUACUCCAGUUGAAAAUGAGAAUAAAACAUAGCAAUUAAAAUUGCCCUAGAAAAUUUCUUUGAAAGCUUUUUUUUAAACUUAGAAGAAAAGGAAAAAAACCUGUGUUACUAUUAGUUUCCAUGGUAAUACAAUGAAAAUACAUUCUUAUAAUUCUGGGAAAUUAGAAAAACUGGGAUGAUAUUUCCAGGAAAAAAAAAAUGUGUCUCAUCUGUUUAUUACUCCCUCCUCCUCCUUCUCUUCCUCCCACUCUCCCUUGAGUAAAUUGCCUGGGAACGUUUGAGGUUUAAUGCAAGAUCCCUGUGGUGCUUGCAUUUUCCUUACUUGUGAAAUGUAACUACAGUUGUAAGUGGGUUUGGGAUGUACAGAGGUGGUGGAACCAAAUUGUGGUCAAUAGGAACAGGAAUAAAUGCUUCUCAUUCUUGAGAGAAACCUAAGAUUGGCCCAGGUAAUUCUGUCUGAGUUUGAUGGAGUUUGGGGUUGGAGUGAGACUAGAAGUUAAACUGGACCAGGACAAAGAGACAGAUUAUUGACUAGAAUAAACUAGGAGACUAUGUUCUAUGUUCAUUUGCUAAAACAAUGCUUGUUGAUGUGAACAAGCUCCCACCCUUUCCCUGUACACACACACACAACACAUUUUCUUUCUCCCAGAUAGACACCUGGAUUGCAGAACAAAUUGAGACACUUCAAUCACAUUACUUUUAAAUCAGUAGAGUCAACAUAAGAAAAUAUUUUGUGCCCCACCCCCAUACUCCUUGUACUCAAAUUGUUUAUUGUAUAAAUUAUGUUUUAAGUAGAUUUAAGUUUUUAGUACAUAACGACAGGAACUUGGCGAAAGAAAUGGUUUUUAUUCUUAUUCUCUACAAAGUCAUGGAUUUUACUUGGUUGAUGUGUCCUUUGUACAUACUCCAUUUUGAUAGAAGGGUGUUAUUGUUAUUUCCCAAAGACUGACAGAUGUUUGGAAGUUUCACUAAACACUCAACCAUUAACAAUUAACUAAUAGGUGUUACUUGCCAAGACUUGCAGAAUUAUCUAUGCUCUCAAAACAUUGAUAAUAUCAGAAUCACUUAAAAGGCUAAUUACAUUUCAGAGAAGUGAUUUUUACUCCUGAAAUCAUAGCAGGUCAUUUUCCUUUGUUUCCUAGGAAUUUUACAGAUUUGGAUGAGAGUAGGAUCAUGAGAAGAAAGGGGAGAAAGGAAAGACAGGAUUUGGUAAAGAAAUUCUCAAAACUUUAAUCCCAUGGCUAAGAAACAUUUAAGAGUAGCUCAGCGUUAUUGAAAAUCAAACUGUUUCUUGCUGUCAUUUUCCAGAUUUGCAAGAAGGCAUUUUUUUACUCACAUGCAGCUAGAGGAGAAACUUCACUUUAACAGCCUGUAGAGUCUUGAUUAGAAAAGAGACAAAUCUGGAGAAUCUAUUUUCUCAAUUUGGCUCGCACAUGCUGGAAAGCAGAGAGUGGGGAACUCAGUUUCCAACAUCCCCAAAUCCAAACCCAAGGGCAAGGCAACUGUAUGUAGGUCUUGGACGUAGGUCUUGGUGUAUAUCAGUAUAUCCUGACUGAAUUUCUAGUCUCUCCAUUCUAUUAGGUAAGUUUGCAUUUAACACUUGCUUUGUGCAAGACUCUUUAGUUAAGGAUUUAGCAGCUGCUGCUUAUGUUAAACACAUUUUCACCCAAAUAGGUCAUAUGACAGGAUAGAGGAAUAGAUGCUGAAAGAAAGGCUGGCCCUUUCUACUUUACCAUCCUAGAACUGGAAAGGUCAACUUUUCUGCUUAAAGAGACAUUCAUAACUUUGAAUGGAAACUCAUAGCAGAGUGUGACACGCAAAAAAAAAAAAAAAAAAUCUGAGGAAGAGUAUCCCCCACUUUACUGUUUAAUAAUAAUCUUUUCCUACUUUU